AUGUACCAGAUCCAAAACACUUUCAUCACACUACUCGAUACAAUGCUGAUUACUCUAGAAUGCAUUCUACUUGCGUUACAAGCGGUUGCUGCAGUUCGACUUGCAUUGGAAUCACCUUCUGGGAUUGACAGUCAAUCAAGCAAUAGGCUAUCAAAACGAUCACCCGUUGAAUUGGGUGGUGAUGCUGGUCAAUGUUACAGAAUGAGAUUUAAUGUUCAUGGAGUUGAUUUGAAUUUACAAGUCGAAUCAUCAGUUUUUGAUAUAGUGGUACCACUUCCUAGUUCAAGCAACGAUGUAGGUUUAGCUAUACAAAGUAUUUCAAGUGGGGAACCCGUUAGUAUAAAGUACAAAGGCGAUGAGUAUAAUGGAGUUACAUCCACAGCCGUUGUGACGAUUCCAGGUACUGGGAUAACUGGCAUCAAUUUACCAGUAGUUGCAGUUGAAAGACAAUCGGCAGAUAUAGUUGGUAUUGGUGGAACACUCAAGCAAGGAGUAUUUGGAAUUGGCUAUCACUCGUUUCCAAAUCAACAUUCACGAGUCACUGCAAUGGAUGCUUUGUACAAUGGUGGUGCCAUUCCCAAUAACGAGGUUAGUCUUCAAUUGUGUCAGUAUGACAUGUUGCAUGAAAGUUUCAUCAAUAUAGGAAACACGGACAUAACUGCAAAAUGCGAAACGGAUGGAACAAGUGUUGCAUGGGUAGAAUCGCCAUCAAACAAUCAAUUUAGUGUCAACAUCAAGAGUGUACUAGUCAAUGGCAGACCAGCGGAGCUGCCUGAUGAAUUCCAAAAAAAACAAGGAAAAGAUGGACGUACUUUGUACUCGCGUGUGGAAACAUGCUUUUUAUACGCACUUUUCCCUGAAACAGUCGUGGCAGCGUUGGUUGAUGCUAUUCUUAAUAGUAAUGCGAUCACUUCUAAAAACAUAUUACUUAGGCGCAAACUCGACAAAGAAGAAAUUAAAAAAAAACUACAAGCAAAUUCUCCAAUGUUCAAAUCCAACUACAAUAUCAAUUGGGGCAAGCUACCAACGCUUACAAUUACAAUGUUUGCUCAAACCCCCGUAACUGAUGAAAAUCGCAACUCCGUUGUAACAAUCAAAUUGGGUUCCAAAGACUAUAUGUGGAGAUAUGAUUCUGAAAAAUUUAGAUUUGCUGUAAAAGCUGGUUCAAAGGAUCAUGCAGUUCUCGGUAUAUCAUUUAUGACCCAACUUGCAGUCACAUUUGAUCGAGCACAUAAACGCAUUGGGUUUGGUCCUGGAUGUGGAUGCGAAACUGCGACUGAUGGAUAUCCUACUAUUUCAAACAAUGAUCAGGUGCUCUGGCCAUUAACACAAUUGCAUAAACAACCAAGUGGUUCAGGCUCAGGUGGUACAUUUAUUCGCAAAAGGAAACCAUAA